GAAUAAGACGCGUCACUCGCGCCAUUCCAGGGCUAUUUUCUCGCUUCUUUCCCCUUAUGGCUAUCGUUUCAAAGGUUCUUCUGUUGCUGUGUUUUUUUAUUGCAAUCAUUGUUACGUUAUAAUAAUAUUAUGUGGAUGGGCAAACGAAACAUUGAGCUUUGAAGGCAGUAAGUAAUAGCAGAACAGUCGGAAGAGCAGAGAGAAUAACCUGGUCAUUGCAAUAAUCGCAACGAAAGCUUUAAAAAGAUAAGAUAAGAUAAGAACGAACGAGCGGCCGUAAACUGUAUCCCGUAGCUUAAUGCAAGGUUUGCUUUUUUUUGCACCGGACGUACAGAGUUAUUAUUUUAAUUACGAUUUAUGUAUCCGAUUCAUUACCGGUAGGCGCUUUUAUGUUGCCCGGGGCAACCCAGAGUGGCGUCCAACUCAACCAGCCACCGGAGGGCGUGUGCGAGGGAUACACUUUAUUGCUUAUUCAGUUUAUUAAGCGCUUUGAUCUUGCCCAGGGGCAAAGAUCAGCUCAAAGAAACGCACCCUUGAGGGUGUUCACCCUAAAUAUGGAGAAGGGGUGUUUGUUUGUUUGUGUUUGAGGCUGUUGAAAGGGGAGCAAGGCUGCAGAUGUCGGAAUAAAGUGUCCAGAAUCUUGAUCUAGGGUCCGAAGCUCAACUCGGGUCCUAAUAAUGAUGGAGAGAGUAACUCUGAAUAUACGGUGAGGUGUUUGUGCAGCAGAGUCUUAGACAGGUGGGAACUUGUGAAUCAGCCAUGUCUUCCUUUAAUUCAGGAUUGAGCCCAAGUGCCUCUCAUUAGAAAUCAAACACUGACUUCUAAUGGUGGGAAAAGUUAUGCCUUUUUGUACUCUGUUAACAGAGUCAUUGCUGGGUUGGGCAGUGGCGGUGCACUUCUUCAGAGGGGUGCGGUACAAUGAUUCUUCCCUCCUUUUUUAUUUUAAAGAGGACACCUGAAAGGGAUACCCAGUCACCCUAGAGCUCCUGCUACCAAGACUCAGUGGCACAUGCUAUUACGGUAAUCUGUUUAGUGUUUCAUUUUGCCACUGGGGGGUAAUGCCCACCUUUAUAUGCAAAGAGUCAUUGUCAGGAAAGCAAUGUCGUGCACUGUGUUAUAUUAAUUGGUAGUCAAGUUUUGUAUCUCAAACUCCUUCCUCCUUUACUACAGCAUUUUACACCAUUGCAGGCCUUUGCAGUGUCUUUGUUGGGUAAAGAUUGCGAGGGAAAGAUCAUGACUCAGUGAGGAGGUAGUCCAAAUGGCAGUUCAUUGUGUCCCAAAGCAUAACUUGUAAGCAAACAUUUUAGGGCAUGAAAGAGUAUUGCGACAGUCUGGUAACUGAAAAUGAGAGCGGGUGAGAAAAAGGUUAUAGAAUGGAGAGUUUUAAAAGUAGGGGGGCUAAUUGGGGGUGGUGAGAUAAAAGGCAGCAGGGUAGGGUGUGAUGGCUGCAUAGAGCGCAUGGGGAAGUGAGAGGCUCUACCUGGCCUUCUGUGGGAGUGGUACCAUAGUGCUAUAGGAUGAUACAGGGCUACUGGAAAUGUAUGGAACUGAUAAUAUUUUUACACAAAUUCCUCAGCAAUUACAGGGUUAGCUUCCUUUGGAUGAGAGAGCACUACAGAUUUAUGGUGUUUUAGGAAUAGUUGCUUUAUUUACAGAUACAGUGGUACCUCGGUUUUUGGACGUCUCUGUUGCCGAAUGUUUCGGUUUUUGAACACCCAAAACCUGGAAGUAAAUGCUUCUGUUUUUGAACGCGCCUCGGAAGUUGAACGGCUUCCACUUUGUGUAUCUGUUGUUUUUCCAUAAUUUGCUCUAUUGAAUUGGCAGACCGCCUUUUGUGCCUCUGUUUUCGAACGUUUCGGAAGUCGAAACUUUGAGCUGUUCUGCGUUUUAACCAAUUACCGGUAUACUGAAAUACAUUUACACAUUAACAUUUAAAACACAGCAGGGAACAGCCUGUACAGGCUAUACAUAGAGACAAAUGUUCAUCUUCAUAAUUCUUUUAAGCAGGCAGGAGCUGCCAUGUUAAAUUAUUUCCACAAUAAAGCUAAUGAUAUUUGCCAAUAGGCAUGUUCUCAGUUGAGGAAUAAUAAGAACUUCCAUUUCCUUCAGGAUCUUUGGUAUCUUUAGUUUGGUGAGUAUAAGAACUAACCAAUAUCCAAUGUGUUAUUUGUAUAUAUACCAUUAAACAUGAAAAAGCUUCCUUAUAUAUUUCCUAUCUUUGGAAAGUCAUAUAAUAGCUUAUCUCUUUGACAUCUGAUGAGGGGGUAUUCUACAGGGCGGGUGCCACUACCGAGAAGGCCCUCUGUCUGGUUCCCUGUAACUUCGUUUCUCGCAGUAAGGGAACCAUCAGAAGGCCCUCAGAGCUGGACCUCCAUGUCCGGGCUGAGCGAUGGGGGUGGAGAAGCUCCUUCAGGUCUACAAGGACUACAAACUAAUAACAAUAGUGUGGGGUGGUAGUGGUACUGAUUGAUGUUGAGAUUAUGGAAAGGAUUAAACUUCCCCUCCCUAUGGCUGAGAUGAAAAUCACCACACACAAACCAUUUUUUUUAUAAAAAAGUUGGAAGUUUCUAAUAAUGCAUUACAUAUCGUUUGACCCUUAGUCAAACCUAUGGGAAACCUAUGGCUUUCCAGAUGUUGUUGGACUCCAACUGUCUUCAGCCAAAGCACUGUCAAUAGCAAGGGAUGAUGGGUUUUAUUCUAGCAACAUCUGACCUACGCAGUAGAUAGUCUCAUAUGUACACACCAAUAUAUACUCUCUUAAUGACUGGUAACUGAUUCUAUAUCAUUUCUCAUCAACAUGCAUAUUGGUUCCCACCCUACCCCAUAAUCUUAUGGCAAGUUUGGCUAGUUUAAUCACUGGUUAUAGUUAAUGGACUUUGAAUUGUACCUGGUAGCCGGUGGAGCUCUUCUGACAAUGCAGUCAAAAUAUAUGCCCUGUAACCAGCCCUGGUCAGUAAUCUGACCUCAGGUCUUUGAGACGGUUGGGCAGCCCUAUGUAGAACAUGUUACAAUAAUCUUGCUAUUAAACCAUUGGGAGUCAAAUUAUUGCAAAAAUGCCCAGAAAUACUGUCUGUCCACAUCUGCCAUACAAUACUUCUCUUGAGGGCUUUACAAAUAUUUCAGAUUAUCACCUCUUUAGGCAACCAGAUGACCAUCUCCCCACAUUUUUCUCAGACUUAAUCUCUGAAGCUAACUUGUGCAGGUGACUAGCACUGCGGAGUUAUUUUGUGGGUGGUUUCAUUUCGGUUUCUUCCCAGGGUCUUUGGGGAUGAACAUAUAAUGGGGAACUUUUCUGGCUCCUCCUGCCUGAUUCUCCUUCCUGAAGAUUCCACCUAAACAUUAGGAAGAACUUCCUGACAGUAAGAGCUGUUCGGCAGUGGAAUUUGCUCCCAAGGAGUGUGGUGGAGUCUCCUUCUUUGGAGGUCUUUAAGCAGAGGCUUGACAGGCAUAUGUCAAGAAUGCUUUGAUGGUGUUUCCUGCUUGGCAGGGGGUUGGACUGGAUGGCCCUUGUGGUCUCUUCCAACUCUAUGAUUCUAUGAUCUUCUCCCUUGAUGGAGGUCAGUACCAAAGUGCUGGGCUUGCUGCCCAUAGAGACUGUGUGCUCCUUUGUGUUUCUUUGUUUCAGUCUCUCUAGCAGAACUUGCUUUGUUUAUUUAUUUAUAAUAUUUGUUACUCAUUCUUCAGUGCAGUUUUCUCAGGACAGGAACUGAAUGAGCCCUCCCAGUCACACCUGCAAGAAUUUUGACACCUGCACUCUGCACUUCUUCCAGGGAAACCCCUUUAAACAGCACAUUGCAGUAAUCAGACAGAAUGUUACCCAUCAGUGAAGCCCGCCACUUCUUCUGAAGGGACUGUGCAUUACAUAGGAAAGUGCCCAGGAGAGCUUCAAUUUAUCCCCUGCCCUCCCCACAAGAACAUUGUGUACUCUCUGUCCCUCCUUAGGGUUUAGAAGCCACUUUGAUUUUCCAGGUACAGUACCUUUCUCUCAUUUGCUGUGUGUUGGCAGCAGCAGGAGCUAUUCCUGGCUUUUAAGGGAAGCUUUUUAUUCUACUUUUCUCCAGAGUCCACCUUAAAACCCCUCCUUCACCAAAAAACAUUCUCCAUCCCUCUCUAAACCAAUACAGUAAAAGUAUUCUCUCUUGUGCUGUCCCCUGACAUGAAACGGCAUAAUAGCAUUUUUGUGAGUUGCAGCAUGCUGAAUUGUGUGUGAAAAUCUUAGUUAAGUACCUUAGACUUAGAGGAUUAACCUUUUAUCCAUUAAAAUGUUGUCUUCACUUUUUAAUUAGUGUUCCAUUUAACUGAAAGAACAUCCUUUCUCAGCAACUAAAUAUAAAUAUAUGCAUAUUAGAAAACCUGCUUUGAGCUAAAUUAGGUUUUAUAGUUUUGGGAAGAGUGUUCAAAUUUAGAGCUAAGCAUUCCGAAGGACCUGUUCUCCACAUUUUAUUUUUUUUAUUUGAGUUUUCCUGCAUUAGUUAAGAAGUUGUGUGGGCAGAUUCUCUUUCACUCUAUUUUCCAUUGCUAAGUAACGGUUAUAAUGUUCUCCCACAUUUAGCUAGAUUUUUCUUUGCAUCAGAUGGCAUGAGAAAAACUGAGCAGCACCAGGAAGACUUGGUUGCUUAUUGUGUAGUGCAAAGAAUUUGAUAAGUAUCCCCAUCUUUCAAGGGGGGAAGUCCAUGGCCUUUAGUUGAGAGCAAACUAUUAAACUGUUAAAAUAACUUUGAUGGCCCAACUACUUAGAUGCAUAGGUGACAAGUAAACAGUUUUCAAGCAUUUAAAACACAGGGAAAUGCAACCAUGGGAAGCUGUACAUUUAAUUAUUGGGGGGGCGAACCCACCCCUGGCACUGCUUCCUAAUGCCCCCCACUUUCCUUACCCCCAAGUAAGAAAGCAGCUGGUAGAAGUGAUUGUCUUUUUAUGGCCUACUGCGAAAGGAUUAAAGUACUCCUUCUGCCACUGUUCUGAUAAAUUGUGCACCUUUUAUGGCAUUUUGAUGACAGAUAGAUAGAUUAGAAUAGAUAUAGAUAUAGAUAAACAAUUUGGCACUUAACUGGCCCUUUAUAUACUGUUGGACUACAGCUCCCAUCAUCUCAUCAUUGGCCAUUGGCUUAUGGGAAUUGGAGUCCAACAACAUCUGGAGUUCCCCAUGCCAGUAAGUUGGUCCUUUUGAGCUCAGUGAGGCUGACUUCUGAGUAGGAUUGCAUAGCUUGGUAAAAUGUACAUGUCAAUUAGAUUUCACCACCAAUAUCAAAAAUAGUAUUUUUUGCAUUGUUAAAUGAAAUAUAAACUGUAUGCAAAUCUACAUUAUAAUCCAGCAUUCAUUGAUUGGUAAAAAAAAAUGUAGUAACUUGUUUAAUUAAUCAUAUUCCGUCUGUAUUGACGCCUUCAAGAUGUGUCAGCUCUUUCUGUGCCCUGCAUUAGUAGGUCAAAUUCCUCUUGGAGAGCUGAAUUUAACUUCCUUUCCGGACAUGAAAUUGAGGACCAAAGGAUAAAAAGCAGCCGUCAUAAACUGGUAGUAGUAGUAGUUUAUUUGCUGUCUUUUGAUUGGGUGAGGAAAAUAAGCUGAGAUCCAGCUGACAUGUGGGACGAUUAGUCAUCUCCCCUGUAGAGAAGGUUACUGCAGGACAUUAACCUAUUCCAUUUAUUGGGCAGCUCUUGGGGAGAGAGAGAGAGAGAGAGAGAGAAGGAAACGUCUACUAGUGCCUUUAGAUUAUCAAAGUAUCAGCAAUGGCUGAUCUAAAAUACAAUAUUUAGGGGGUGUACUCUUUUCAGAAUAGUUACACAAGUCCUUGGGCAGAUAGCAGAGUCUGUUUAAUUUGGAACAGUAUUAUCUCUUCUCAUGAAAUGCUGUUAUUAAAAUGUAUUUUCUGGCCAACAAUGGCAAAUCAGUGAAUAGUAAAGUUACCUAACAGACCUUUAAUGUGUUAUGGCUCCAUAUUCUUUUUUCAUUUAUUUAUUUAAGUAAGUAAGUUUGGAUGCUCACCAGUUGACUGGUCAAAUAAUGUCAAUUGACUGGUCAAUUCAUUGAGGUCAGAUAUAUUCCCUGACAGCUAUGAUGCUGUUGACAUUUGAAGAAUUGGCCUGCUGUCACAACUUAGCAUAACUACGUUUCGGAGACUAUUUUUUAAUAGUUGAAAUGACUAUUUUUUGUUUGUUUUAAUCUUGUAACUUCAGGCUGACCCUGUCAAAGAUAGGAACUAUCCGGGAAAUUGUUCACUUUUGGGGAACCUUACCUAAUACAGAUAAAAGUUGUAACAAUUUGUUUUUUUUGAAAGGUUAUAGCUGCCAAAGGGGGAGGAGAUUGUGUUAUGAACUCAUGCUGAGUUUCGAAGGCACACCAGGGUCAAGACCCCACUCCUGAUGGCACCUUCUUAUCACACAUUUUUGUUUAUCUACCAAGGCCAAAUGUGUGUUGUGACCCUGACAACAGCUGUUUUAACCAAUUUGGUUUUCACAAUUAGUAUGUCCCCUCUUACAUGCCGUAAUGUAUCUUUCAGCGGAAGCUUGUGCAGAUGUUCUGGGUCUAGCCAGAGAAGCAAGAAAGCGAAAUCUUGGCCCUCUUCAUCCUUCCUUUAAUGUGAUGAAGAUUAUAAGGGAUGGACUUUGCAAAAAUCUUCCUGAAAACACCCAUCAGUUGAUAUCAGGGAAACUUUCCAUUUCACUUACCAGAGUGUCUGAUGGCAAAAAUGUGUUGGUAUCCAACUUUAAUUCCAAAGAAGAAGUCAUACAGGCUUUGCUUUGUAGUUCAUUUGUGCCUAUAUAUUGUGGCCUCAUCCCACCUUCGUUUAGAGGGGUGCGCUAUGUCGAUGGUGGAAUAAGUGACAACUUACCGCAGUAUGACUCAAAAAACACCAUCACAAUUUCACCUUUUGCUGGGGAGUGUGACAUUUGUCCCAAGGGCAAUUCUGCAAACUUCCAUGAAAUGAAUCUCACCAACACCAGCAUUCAGUUUAGCCUAGGGAACAUCUACCGUUUAACUCAAGCACUUUUUCCUCCAGAACCCAAGGUGCUAGGAGAGAUCUGUGAACAAGGCUAUUCGGAUGCUCUUAGAUUUUUGAAAGAAAAUGGUAUACUGUAUGAUUCGGUCUUCGUUGACUUGGCCUUAACAAAGGAAAACCAUCAGGAAUGUGUUCAGACCCCAGAUUAUGUUGAUAAAAAAACAGUUGCAGCAAAUGAAGCCAAAAAAGAGAUGCAAGAUGAAGAAAUGCUUAUUGAACAGCUGCAAUUAGCCGCUUGGCCAUUGAAUGGAACAAUUUUUGAGAAUCUACCUCCUAGACUCCGUAAAGCAUUGCAGGAGGCUUGUAAAGAGAAAUGUGGACUCUAUGCUCAGCUUUCUAAAUUUCUACCAAUGCGACUGAUGUCCUAUGUGAUGCUGCCGUAUACUCUGCCAGUUGAGUCAGCCUAUUGUGUGGCCUUAAGAUUAGUGGACUGGUUUCCUGAUAUCCCUGAUGAUGUGCGAUGGAUGCAAGGCCAGCUCCGUCAAGUUGUGGGGACAGUAUAUUCCAAAGCAAGAAAAAGAAUACUAAGUAUUCCCAGUAAGGAAAACAGUGCCCUGCUUAGAAAGUGUCAGACUGCCCCCCUGAACACAAGUCUUCGCUCUUCUUACUGCCCUCCUAAAAUGCCUCAUUCUUCUACAUCUACACACCUCGAAGAGUGGCUUUUGGAUCUUCCCUACUGUGAGGACUUGGUUAAGAAAGAAGUUGCAGUGGGUAUAAAUGGAAGCUUUGACUCCAUGCCUCCCUUUUUUAUGAACUCUGAAGAAUCGGGAGUGGAAGCGGAUUUUGACUCUUCCUCCGAGAAGAGUUUCCAGACUGCCUCUGAGGACUAGCUUAAGAACUGUGGCAUAUACAAAGAAAUCUCAGUCUUGGAGGCAGAUUGCCAAACAGUCUUUUGGAAGACUGGCUUACACUUGAUGACAAAAUGCCUUUGAGGAAUCUUUUGUGGAAAGAGAAAUAUGCUGUUCUGGUCCAGCUUCCUGAUAAUGACUAGAGGGUUAAGAAAGACCCUAGUGCAAUAGAACAUGGUUUACCCAAACAAGAUUUUCAGCAGGAAAAAAGUGAUUCAAGUCUUCUGAUUUCUAUUGGGACAAAGCAUUUUUAGCAAAACCACUUCAUUUUAAAGUAUUUAACUUUUAUAAUAGUCUUUUUCUUGUUUGUCUUCAUAUGUGGUGUUAGCACUUGAGCAAAAUCAAACAGUAUGUAUUCAGACUAUGGCAUAUAGGAAUAUUUUGGAAGGCCUCUGAAGUUUUACUUGCCUUAUAUCUAUAUGUAUGAUACUUGUGGGAAUUGUUAACAUCCUUAUCGCAAGGCUUCGUUGUUUUUCAGAAGAUAGUAUUUAGGAGGCAUUGUGUGUUCUAACAAGUGUGGUAACUGCCCCCCCCCCAAGUGAUUAUUUCUCCCUCAUUGGGUUGGCGGAGAAGCCACAGAUGUGCCACUCCAUACCAGAGCAUCCUUAAGGGCUGAAUUCAAUCCCAAUAAUCAAUAUUUUAACCAUGUUUUACUGAAGGAAUCUAAUUGUAGAUCAUUUUCUCUUGGAGAAGGCAGUAUGGUGUGGAUCAGGCAUCCCCAAACUUCGGCCCUCCAGAUGUUUUGGGCUACAAUUCCCAUCUUCCCCGACCACUGGUCCUGUUAGCUAGGGAUCAUGGGAGUUGUAGGCCAAAACAUCUGGAGGGCCGCAGUUUGGGGAUGCCUGGUGUGGAUCAAGGGGAGAAUCAGCUGCAGAUGUCAUCAAAACAUGUGCGGAAUGAUUUACCUAUCCAAAUAGCCGAGAAGUUACAGUGUCAUUUGUAAUUAAUGGAGCUUAAAAGCUUAUUAUUAUUUAUUGUAAUCAAGCAGCACCGUAAGCUUUUGAAAACAGAUUAAAAUCUGAAAAAUGAACUGUGCCUGUAUAUGGCUUCCCUAAGUAAUCACAGAUUACUAAAUUCAAACCAUUUUAGCCCAGUCUUUACUAACAAAAAAUGUGCCAAUAUGUUUUUUUCAGUUUUAUUAUAGGUUAGGGUCUUAAGUUUCAUAACACGUGAGAGCUGACAGUAGUGCUAAAUCAGGCAUCCCCAAACGGCGGCCCUCCAGAUGUUUUGGCCUACAACUCCCAUGAUCCCUAGCUAACAGGACUAGUGGUCAGGGAUGAUGGGAAUUGUAGUCCAAAACAUCUGGAGGGCCGAAGUUUGGGGAUGCCUGUGCUAAAUCAUGAAUAAGCUACUUUCCAAAGUGUUUUAAUUUUAGAAGUACAUGUUGAGAUGUUAACAUAGCCUCUCUGAAAUCUGGAUACCAUAUUUGAUAGUGAUGCUUUGAGUAUUCCUUGCCUACCAAUAUUCAUCACUUUAAAGUGACAAGGAUAGUUAUGGCACAGGAUUUACACUGCAUUCUCCAAAAUGGUAAAUGAUUAAGAAAUGCUGGUCCCAUAGGCUGUUGAGCACCCUCCCCUGGCAUGGCACUUGGGGAACUGGUCUGCAGGUGAUGCUCUCUUAGCAUAAUGGUCUAAGAGUCAAAUCAAAUAGAUUUUGGCUUGGGAGUCUCUGUUAGGAAUGAGGUGGCUUAUAUUUUGACAAAAAUCAAAGCCUUCAUAAGAAUGGAAAGUCUUGUGUAUUUAUUUUAAUUAUUGACUAUGGGCAAGUUUAAUUUUGACCAAACAUUUAGCAGUCUUUCAGCUAUGACUUUAUACGGUGAAAACCAAAGGAAGUGCUGUUUUUAGAAAAGCAACAACAAAGCUACGUUUUAAAUUAUUAACAUUGCAAAAAAUUGCUGGUGCUAUUUCAUUCAAGAUAAAAUGAAUUAUUUUGUGUGAUCACUGGUUGUAUGCAUUAUUUUAAAAAUCUUGAUUACAUUUCCAAAAUGGGCCAGAAUAUUGCUCCAAUCACUAAUGAAGCAAAAUAAAGAAGCAAAAUAAAGGGACAUAAAUGUUUUUGAUGUCUGCUGUUUAUAGUAGCAAACUGAAUUUAAGAUAACUGUGGUUGGAAGGAGGGAGCUCAAGGAAUAUAUUGUAUUGUAAAAGCAGUGGCUCCCAAAUUUUGGGGGGGCCAUUGCCCCCUUGGUUCUAUGAACUCACCCAUGGUGCUGCUUACCAUACCCUAUCAAAAGCAUUAUUCAGAACAGCAGUAAAAUUCAAAACAGUGACAAUUAAUUGUACAUUUAUUCAAAAUCCAAUUUUCACUGCAAAAUUAUUGAACCUGAUCCAGUGAAACCAGCUUUUCAAAGAUUAUUAGUAAUUUACAUCACCAGAAUCCCUCCUGCCCCCCCCCCAAUAACCCCACCACCCACCAGGGACUGGUAGCACCUACUUUGGGAACCACUGCUGUAAAGUUUUAAAGUCUUUUAAAGAGGUUGUAUAUUUAAGCUAUGGAAUUACAAAAAUUGAAGCCUGUAUUUCUGCUUGUACCAUUGUACUGAAGAGCCAUUGAAGCCUCUAUGAGGCUUCAGAAAAUAUUUAGAGAUUGGUCCCUGCUGUUGCUGGCAAGAUGACUCUCUCCCUCUCCAUUCACCGAAAUUCAUCGUGAACAAAUAUCUUAAAUGAUUUCUACCUCCUGUUCUUAUAAAUUAUAUAUUUUGAAAAUGAAUAGAAAGCUUAAAAUUUAAUAUUCCAAGGUUUGUAUUUCUUCUAUGGAGUGGCAAUAUUUUUAAGAUUUGCAUUCCGUCACAUUAUUCCACAAGACAUCUUUUACAUGGGAAGUAUCUCUUGUAGCCUUUGUGCUCCAUCUGCAGCGGUUGGAAAAGAAUGUGUCUAGCAGGGAUAAAGAUAACAGGUGGAGAUGUUGGGUGCAAAGUAUGUAUGUACACACCUUAAGGGAUUACAGGUGUCCUGCAACAGCUAUCUCAAGCGGAGCCCUUGGGUCCAGAGUUCUUUUUCUCAACAUCUCUAAAAGCUAAAUGUUUUUAUGGUUACAAUGUAAAUUCAGUGAGGCUAUGGAAGAUGUCGUUUGGUUUUCAAAGAAGUUUUUUCAGUCUGUUUGGCUGGCAACAUUAAACUAAAGUACUUGCUAUUUAUGUUAUAUUCUGUUCAAUAUGAAGAACAAUUGAUGAUAAUACUAGUAUUUGUUGAUCACUUUGUAACGAAAGAGAAAUGUCCCAAAGCUACUUAAAAUAAAAUACAAACAAAAUCAAAAGUCAAAUUAAGAAUGAUGGUUGUGGCUACUCUUGAGUAAAGACGCUCCACUCA